ACUUCCCGUUAGCUCGUCGUGCUAGCCGUUAGCUCCCCAUUAGCUGCCCGCCGACACGGAACCAGCUCCCCGGCAGAGUCUCUCCUUCUCAGCGGGAUCCUCACUGCCUGUUCCGGUCCUCCGUCCUCUCCCGGUCCCGGUCCCGGUCCUGACCUCUGGUCGUGAAUCCUCCAACAUGUCGGCGGUGCAGCGGAUGAAGGUGGCAAACGAGCGGCACAGCAAGACGAUCACCCAGCGGGGACACGUCCAGAAGACCUCGCGGCCUGUGAAUGAGGAGAAGUCUCCGGUGGGUCCGUGGCUGCUGGCACUCUUCGUCUUUGUGGUUUGUGGAUCAGCUAUCUUUCAGAUCAUCCAGAGCAUCCGGCAGGGCAUGUGAUGACCUUUGACCCUGGAGGAGCAAGCCUGUCACAUGAGGGGGGCGGGGCCACGACGCCAUGAUGACCAUACACACACACACACACACACACACACACACACACACACACACCUGUGUUCCUCUCUGUCUGUUUUUUUUUACUGAUGAACUGAUCAGAUAUUGGUUAUUGAUUGGUUAUUGAUUCCUGUUGGUUGUUGUUGUCAGAUGAAGUCUUAAACCUUCUUCCUGUCAGUCUGACGCAGACUUCCUGUGUGUGUGUCUGAGCUGAGAUCAGGCGGGACGGCUCACACCUGUGUGAUGUCACACCUUCCUCUACCUUCACCUGCUGGCAGUGUAACCCGACACUCCCUCUAAAUAUUUCACAAUAAAACUCCAGCCUGCAGCUUCAAAUCACAUCAUCUCUGCUGCAUUCAGAAAACCAUCGAAUCAACAGACCUGACAAAGCAUCAGUUCAGCAUCAUGUUGUAGUUAUUUCAGCACCUUUAGAUCUGUUUAUUCACAAUAAAUCACACAUAAAUCUCUUUUUUUCAGCUUCACACUGAUUAAUACAUAAAAAAAACAUAAAAGUGACCAAAUAACAUGAAAGUGUCACUUAAUUUAUCCCUGAAAUGAUCUAAAUAUUUCAGUGAAUUUUGUGUUAAUUGGUAUUUCAGCCUCUUAAAAAACUUAAACUUUUCAACAUCCAAUCCUUAGAAAGUGAUAUGCAUUGAUUUAUAACUGCUGAACCAGACUCCAUUCAGAAAACCAUUGAUUUAACAGACCUGACAAAGCAUCAGUUCUUUAGAUCCGUUUAUUCACAUUAAAUCACACAUAAAUCUCUUUGUUUUGGGUUCAGACUGAUUAAUGCAUAAACCCUAAAAUUGGCCAAAUAAUAUUAAAGCAUCCCCAAAUGUUAACAUUUAAAUGAUAUGAAUUUUUCAGUUUUUUGUUUUAUUUUAUUUUGCAAUUCGGACUCAUAAAAACACCUUAAACUCUUCAACAGUCCAUAAAAAAAACUCAUUAUAUCCAUAGAUCCAAGUUCGGGUUAAAUUUGGAUUAAGUUCAGGUUUAGUUUGAGUUAAAUUCCGGUUAAGUCUGGGUUACGUUCAGGUUGAAUUCAGUUUAAGAUCGGGUUAAAUUCAGGUUAAGAUCAGGUUAAGUUUGAGUUAAGUUUAUAACUUUGAAUUAACCAGACUCGAGUCAGAAAAGCAUCAUUUUAACAGCUGUGUUCUUGUGUUCUGACAAAGCAUCAAUUAAGCCUCAUGUUGUAGUUAUUUCAGCUCCUUUACAACUGUUUAUUCACACUAAACACAGAUAAAUCUCUUUGUUGUGUUGGUGAAGCAGCAGUCAGCUGAUGAUCAGAUUAUUGAUCGUGGUGCAGUGGUACAGAGGAUACUCGUGACAUUAAAGAGAUAAUAAAUAUUGAUAUGAAGUCAAAAACACACUUCUGAUAAUAUUGUGUGGAUAAUUAAACAUCUCUUUGAUGUUUUUGCCUCAAAAGAAAGAAAUUCUCUGAUGGCUUUAUUUUAUUUCAGAUAUCGCAAUAUCGUCAUGGCAGGCUUUUAUUGUGAAAUAUGUACAGGAAGUGUUGGGUGACAGCAGUCAGGUGAUUUAUUAUGAUCUGAAUAAUCAAAUUAAUAAAUCUAAUUCAAACUGGAUUAAAUGACCUGAGAUCAGCUGUUUGAACAGGAAGUGCAGUGCAGACUGUCAAAUAUUAAGCUCUGCUCUCAGCUCAGCCGUUUGCCGGACGCCUCGCUCUGCUUUUCUACAAAAUAAACCGCAGAUAUUUUCUCUA